UGGUGCAAUUAGGUCAGCAUCGAGUGUGGUCACACUGCACUCCACAAAAAAGAAAUAACAAAAGAAAAGGGAGAAAAGCCAUUUCUUUUUGGGGAAAAUUUAAAAAGUCAUGUAGCAAACAAAAGCUGCAGCGUAAACGAACCAAACAAAGCGAUGUCACUGCGUGCGCUCCGGAAAAGAGAAACAGGCAGUAGCUACGGCAGUAAUAACAAUAACCACCUGGCACCUUUAAGAACCCCACAAGCAACGCUCUUCAAGAAGGCCAGCACAGCAACGACGUCACCGAAGAAAUCGCUGCUCCAAAGUGGGAACUCUAGCCGCGGAUUGGAAAACCGGAAGUUGUUCCAACAGCGCAAGCUACUCGGCCGCCAGUGCCACUCGAAUCCUGACCUGCGACAAGUGGCCAAGCACCAAAACAACAGCCUGUUGCGCAGCAAAUCGGAGGGGGAUGUCAGCGUAGUCCUGGCCAGCAAUUCAGGUGCUCCAUUGACAGUGGCCAACGCCAAAUCGGAGGUGUGUCUCCAGAGGAUCAGCUCCCACAGCUACGAACAGCCUAGGAUCAGUCCAACAAACAGAAAUAGCGAAAUGCUUGGCGGUGCCCGCUCCCAUCGCGACUUGACGCAGUCCUCCUAUGGCCACCAGGCAGGCGGCCAUCCUGUGGACCUGGAACCCAGCAAUAGGGCGCCUCGCCGCAUGAGCGAGUGCAGUCUGGGCUACAGUCAAUCUAGCUCUCGCCACACGGGCGGCUCCAACUCUAUGUUCGCCAGCCAGAUGACGCUCUCCUCGGGAUCGGUGGUUCCACCCGUGGAUCCGAAUGCCGUGCUUAGGGUGCCCAUUAUUGGCUACGAAGUGAUGGAAGAGCGGGCGCGCUUCACCGUGUACAAGCUGCGCGUCGAGAAUCCGGAGACCAACGACUGUUGGCUCGUCAUGCGACGCUACACCGACUUUGUGCGUCUCAAUGGCAAACUGAAGCAGACUUUCCCCAACCUCACGCUUAUGCUGCCGCGGAAAAAGCUCUUUGGCGACAACUUUAAUGCCGUCUUCCUGGACAAUCGGGUGCAGGGCCUCCAGAUCUUCGUGAACUCAGUGAUGGCCAAGGAGGAGCUGCGCAAGUGCAAGCUGGUGCGAGAGUUCUUCUGCCUAGACGAGCCGCCCUCGUACUCCGAAUCCAUGGAGGAGUGUCGGGCCAUUUUCGAGGCCCAGGAGGAGACGAUCGUCCAUCUGAAGCUGCAGAUACAAAACAAAAACGAUCUCAUACUCAGUUUGCAGCAAAAGCUGCGCGACGAGAUGAACGAGAAGGAGCAGCUCAGGGAGGCUAUGAAAAACCUGGACCUCAAUUGCUCGCACUGCUCUUCGGCCAAUGACAGUCUGGGCCUUAAGUAGACCUCCGCUGAUGUGGUUGAAACCAAAAUCCAGUUGGAUGUGCGAGUGUGUACAACAUUAUGCUGAGCAUAACCCUGCGCA